UAGCAUUUAAUGUUGAUUACUGUUUGAAAUCCUAUUGGGAUGCCCAUGGACAUUAGAACCAGAAGCGUUUGUGCUUUAUUAAAUGGCUCCAUGUUCUUCUUCCUUUUCAUCUUCUUAUUCAGCUUGCUUCCAUCACAUUAUCAUUGUGCUGAAGUUGAUCAGAUAACUCUUUUGCAACCGUUAGCGCAGGGACAAAUUCUAGUUUCCCCUGGCCACAUUUUUGAGUUGGGCUUCUUCAGUCCCAAUAACUCUGCUAAGAAGUAUGUGGGGAUAUGGCACAAAGAUAUAUCUCCGCGUAAAGUUGUAUGGGUGGCCAACAGAGAAAAGCCUCUUGCAGUUGCAGACACCUCAGCGAGUUUGACAGUUACUAGCAAUGGGAAUCUGAAGCUUGUAGAUGGGAAACAAAAGUCUAUAUGGUCUACUAAUAUUGCUUCUUUGGUGUCAUCAUCGAAUACUAGUUCAGUUGCUGCAGUUCUCUUAGAUAAUGGAAACUUUGUUGUCAAUGAUCAUCUGGGAGCUGAGUUAUGGAAGAGCUUUGAUUAUCCUGGUGACACAAUCCUACCGAACAUGGUGUUGCGAGACAGUAAGUCUGGAAAGGGGCACUUCUUGAGCUCUUGGAAAGCAGAGAAUGAUCCAUCACCAGGGAAAUUCUUACUUGGAUUGCCCCCACAGGCGCCAUCACAAGUGUUCAUUUGGAUCAAUAAUGGAUCAAAUGAUUCACAUUCAAUUCCCUACUGGAGAAGUGGUCCAUGGGAUAAGUCGAGUUUCAUUGGUGUACCAGAAAUGGAUCGUCGAUAUAUAAAUGGCUUUAGUGUGGAUGAUAACUUAAAGCAGGGCACAGUGGAUUUCUCUUAUAGUUUAUAUGACAAACCUGUGUCAUAUAUAUACAUCUCUCCAGAAGGAAUAGUGAGGAUUAGAUUUUCGAAGAAUGAUGGGAAGUGGUAUGAUCAUUGGCAGACUCCGAAGAAUCCAUGUGACAUCUAUGGAGCUUGUGGACCUUUUGGAGUUUGCAAAGCUUCUGCACCUCCAAUCUGUAAGUGUUUGAAAGGUUUUGUACCGAAGUCAAGUGCGGAAUGGAGCAAAGGAAACUGGACAGGAGGGUGUAUGAGGCAGACGAAAUUGUUUUGUGAGAGACAAACAAACAAGUCAGUCUCAUCAAGAGGAAAAAAAGUUGAUGAUGAUGGGUUUUGGAAGAUGGUGGGGUUGAAAAUACCAGAUUCUCAUGAGUUCAUUACUGCUCUCAAUGCUGAAGAAACGUCCAACGAUUGCAAAUUACGCUGCCUAAACAACUGUUCUUGCCUUGCUUAUGCAUUUGUUAAUAAUAUAGGGUGUUUGGUGUGGUCCAAAGAUCUUAUUGAUAUACAGCAGUUUUCGGCGUCUGUCGGAGUAGAUCUUUAUAUUCGCCUAGCACGCUCUGAACUAGGUAACUAAUAGUAGUGCUUGCACAACUCUUACAACAAUAUAUUUUCUUAAUUUUCUCUUUCAUGCUUGUGUUUGUAUAAUAAGUUCACUUUUUCUUGUCUUUUCUCAGUUGAAGGAAAGCCAAUAAAGUUAAUUAGCAGCCUUACAGCUAUUGUUUUUGUGAGUAUCUUGGCAGCCAUAGUAUUCGGUUUUUACAGGAGGCGAGCUAACCAGAAGAGACAGACUCAGAACUUUGAAUCGAGUGGUAUGAUUAAGAGUUCAAGAGAUGGUCUCCUAGAAUAUAUAGGAAAGCAUGAUCCCUUAGAGCUACAGAUAUAUGAUUUUGAUAGCAUACUAAUUGCUACAAACAAUUUCAGUGUCGCAAACAAACUCGGGCAAGGAGGAUUUGGACCAGUUUAUAAGGGUAUGCUACAAGACGGGAAAGAAGUAGCAGUAAAGAGACUAUCUAGUAGCUCAGGACAAGGCAUUGAAGAGUUCAAGAACGAGAUGUUGUUGAUCUACAAUCUUCAACAUAAAAAUCUUGUUAGGAUCAUGGGUUGCUGUGUUAAAGAGGAUGAGAAGUUACUGAUUUACGAGUUCAUGCCAAACAAAAGCUUGGAUACUUUUCUAUUCGGUUAGUUUCAUUAGUGUUUUAUGUUCAAUAUAUUGCGGUGCAAAAAGUCAUCUUCACCUAUUUCAAUGAAAGUAUCUUUGCUGUUUGUAAAUGUCGAACUUGGGGAAACAAUUAAAAUUUCUUUGAAAAGAAAGAUCUCACCUGUCUUUUUCUUAUUUAACAAGAAAAGGAAUAGAAAAGUCUGAAGAAUUCAACCUUAUAAUUAGCAUAAUUUGGGUUUUGGAAUCACAACUGCAUACUAACAUAAAGCGAUGAAUAGAUUCACACGAAAUAGAUUACCAAGAGACAAACAAUCCAUCAUUAAUUGACUACUUUCUAGAUCCAUACUGUCAGAUAUUGAAUAUGUCUAUACAGUAUAAUCUCUGCUGUCUAUUCAGUUCAGAUCCCUAUGUUGCAUUCACUACUACUUGUCAUACAACUGUUUUUGCAUUUCCUAGCAAUUAAAGAAGGCUACAAACAGUUUUGAAAGGGUAGCAUUCUUAUGACAUUUCAUUGUAACAUGCAUGGAAGUCAUGAUUUAUGAACAACCAUUAAUGAUUAGACUCUAACUUGGUGCAUUAAUUAUUUUCAGAUACGAGGAAGAGAGUAGUACUUGACUGGGCGACUCGCUUUAAUAUUAUUCAUGGUGUUGCUAGAGGGCUUCUCUAUCUCCAUUAUGAUUCGUAUGUGAAGGUGAUACAUAGGGAUCUGAAAGUCAGCAACAUUCUCUUGGAUGAAAAAAUGAAUCCAAAAAUUUCAGAUUUUGGAUUAGCACGAAUAGUUGAAGGAACACAAAAUCUAGAAAAUACUCAGAAAGUUGUUGGAACACGGUAAGAUUAAUCAUUACCUUACUAAUCCCCAACAUGGUCAAUUGGUUACCUACUAAUUAAUAAUUAGUUUUGCCAUGCAGUGGCUAUAU